AUGGGAAGCUUGUUCAACAAACAUCCUAAAAAUUUCGGACCUGGAAGCCACCAAUGCCGUGUUUGCUUCAACAGACAUGGAAUUAUUCGCAAAUAUGGUUUGGAAAUUUGUCGUCAAUGUUUCCGUGAGCGUGCUACCGCUAUUGGAUUCCACAAGGUAAUUUGA